AUGGCCGAUUCCUUCAACCUUGACUCCUUUCAGGAAUCGCUGAAUCUUCCAUACCCUGCUGCCACCAGACAGGCUUCUGGCGUCGUAAAUGGGAUUCAAACCAAUGUCAUGUGUGUGAGCUUCAGUGACAGAAUCUUGGUGACUGUCUCACAGAAAGGUCGGCUGGGCCAUUGGUUACAUGUUCCGCUGGAGAAUCACAAUCCUGGAACAGAGGGGUUUCACACAAUCUCAGAUGCUUCAGAUGAUAGCUUAUUGCCGAUGAGUAGCUUGACUGCCACCUCGCUACUGGGAGGCCGGAUUCCUAGUCAUGAAACCAUCGGUCAGCUCUAUGCUCGUCAAAUUGGAAGUGCCAUUGUGACCAAGACACCCAACGAAAACCGGCUUCUUGUUGUUGGACUCGGUCUGGAAGCCGCCGAGCCAAACAGGGAUGUUUUCUUUGCGAUCAUCGAUCUCGUGCUCCAAUGUCUCUAA